AUGUUCAUGAACAGUCGAAAAGUUGUAACUCUUGAGGUUGAUCGUAUAGAUGAGCUAAAAGCUUUUGACGAUACAAAAGCUGGUGUGAAGGGACUUGUGGAUUCUGAGAUAGUGAAAAUUCCGCGUAUCUUUAUCCACGAUAAGAACAAGAUUAAUCAGUUUCCAGUAUCCUGCAAUUCUCAGCUAAGUAUUCCGAUCAUAGACUUUGCAGGCAUCGACAAGGAUGAUUAUAGGCGCUCUGAGAUCAUCGACAAAAUCAGAGAUGCUAGCGAGAAUUGGGGAUUUUUUCAAAUAAUUAAUCAUGGGAUUCCGACUUCUGUUGUCGGUGAUAUGAUGGUUGCCAUAAGAAGAUUUCAUGAACAGGACAUUGAGGUGAAGAAACAGUAUUACUCAAGGGAUUUUUCGAAGAAGUUCAUAUACAACAGUAAUUUUGAUUUAUACCAAGGUCCAGCAGCUUACUGGAGAGAUACUCUUGAAUGCAUUUUGGCUCCUCAUCCACCUGACCCUGAAGAAUUGCCUGCUAUCUGCAGAGGCAUAAUGACCAAGUAUGCUUACUAUGUAACGAGGUUGGGGCAUACUCUCUUCGAACUACUGUCCGAAGCUUUGGGGCUCAAACCUGAUCACCUGAAUGACAUGAACUGUGCUGAGGGGCUUUUACUUCUAGUACACCAAGAUCAAAUUGGUGGUCUACAAGUCCUUCAUGAGAACCAGUGGAUCAACGUCCCCUCGACCCCUGGAUUGCUGAUUGUAAACAUCGCAGAUCUCUUGCAGCUGAUCACUAAUGAUAAGUUCAAGAGUGUUCAUCACAGAGUACUGGCAAACAAGAGAGGCCCAAGAAUUUCAGUAGCAUGUUUCUUUAGAACACAUUUUCGAGAUGGGAUUUCUUCGAGACAGUAUGGACCAAUCAAAGAGUUGUUAUCAGAUGAAAAUCCUCCAAUCUACAAAGAGAUCACAGUAAAAGAAUUCAUCGUGCAGCGAUACAAGAAUGGCCUCAACGGAAUUUCUGCAUUGUCAAGUUUUAAGCUCCAUAAGCUGGCCCCGGAGAACUAA